GUAACGAACGACAUUACAGCCAUGGCGGACAAUUCUAGUCACAUCAAAGAAUGGGAGACUCGAGCAGAUGCCUUCAAUUCUCCCAAUUUGAAGCAAUUGGAGGCACCGAUGGCGGAGCUCGAUGCACAUCUCACACUGCGCACAUACAUAGUUGGCUACACUCUCACAGACGCGGAUACCACAGCUUGGAAGGCAUUGCGCAGCAACAGAGUUGCUUUUGCGUUCCUGAGACAAAAUCUUAUGGUCAACCUAAGCAGAUGGUUCAACUUCAUCGAGGCGACAGCUCAGCCAACGAUCGAACUUGUUACACGACCUGGCAAGGAGGCCGUUUCAGACGGAGCCAGCUAUGAGAUCGGGUUGCCAGAUACAGAGCAAGGCGUCGUUACUCGAUUCCCGCCGGAGCCUUCGGGCUAUCUGCAUAUCGGUCAUGCCAAAGCAGCCCUUCUUAAUGACUAUUUUGCACACAAGCGGUACAAUGGCAAAAUGAUUGUUCGCUUCGACGAUACCAAUCCAACCAAGGAGAAGCAGGAAUAUCAGGACGCGAUUUUGAAAGACUGCGAGCUACUCGGCAUCAAGCCGGAUCGAGUCACCUACACCAGCGACUACUUCGAGGAUCUCUACAAGCGCGCUGUGCAGAUGAUCACAGACGGCCAUGCAUAUGCGGACGAUACACCACAAGAACAACUUCAGGAAGAGCGCAGGAACCGCAUUGAGAGCAAACAUCGUAAUGAUGCUGUAGCAGACAGUCUUGCGCAUUUCGAAGAGAUGAAAGCAGGUACAGCGGAGGGAACACGAUGGUUCAUUCGUGCGAAGCUGGACAUGAGCAGCGACAACGGUGCCCUACGAGACCCUGUGAUCUACAGAUGUAACCCACAAGCGCAUCACCGAACAGGUACCACUUGGAAGAUUUACCCAACCUAUGACUUUGCCUGCCCCGUCGUCGACUCCGUGGAAGGCAUCACUCAUGCUCUGAGAACCACAGAAUACAACGAUCGUGACGCACAAUAUCAAUGGUUUAUCAAAACAUUGAACCUGCGACCUGUACACAACUGGAACUUCUCGCGCAUGAACUUCAUCAAAACAUUCCUGUCGAAGCGAAAACUCACCAAGGUUGUGGAUGAGGGCAAAGUUUGGGGAUGGGAUGAUCCUCGAAUGCCAACAGUGCGGGGGAUAAUUCGACGAGGCAUGACAAUUCCUGCGCUGCAGGAAUUCAUCAUCAAACAAGGACCGAGCAAGAACAUCAACUUGCAGGACUGGGCUCUCUUCUGGGCCACAAAUAAGAAGCACAUCGAUCCGAUUGCGGCGAGAUACACAGCUGUAGUAUCGAAGGACAAGGUCGUUUGCACUGUGGUGGGUGCUCCAGAGGCACCACGUACGGAGGAGAAGGAUCUACACGCAAAGAAUCCUGACGUUGGUAAGAAAAAGGUUGUUUCCAGCAAGAACAUCAUACUCGACCAAGAAGAUGCACAGUCGUUCGCGGUGGACGAGGAGAUUACACUAAUGAACUGGGGAAACGCCAUUGUACGCAAAAAGACACAUUCGCUAAAACCCCUGAACUUGGUCAAGGCUGAAGAAGAUAAGACCGUCACUGGUCUGGAGCUCGAGCUGCAUCUGCAAGGCGAUGUGAGGAAGACCUCCAAGAAGGUGACAUGGCUGUCGACCGACCAGGAGCUUGUUCCUCUCACUAUGUACGACUUUGACUAUCUGAUCGCCAAGGACAAGCUGGAAGAGGAUGACAAGUUGGAAGACGUCUUGACAAAGGAUACCGAGUUCAAGACAGAGGCUUUGGCUGAUUGCAAUGUCGCCAACUUGAAGGAGGGCGACAUUGUUCAAUUCGACCGGAAAGGAUACUUCAGGAUCGAUCGACCUUUGAGACAUGGUGAGAGUGUCGUGGCCUUCCAGAUCCCAACAGGCAAGAAGACGUAG